CAAGAAGACAUUCUACAUUUCCUGAAAAUUUAUCAAAAGACCUUGUUAAAAAAAAAUCACGCCACAUAUUCCAAGUUUAUUUCGUGUCGUCUAUUCUCCUCGCAAUAAAAUUAAACAUUCGACUAAAUGUGGAAUUUAUAAAGAAACGAGACAAUUUUUUUCUACACCACUAUCAAUAUUUUAGUACUUUAAAAAAAAAUUUUUUUCCAAUCAACUGUAACAACAAAAGAGAUGACGUUAAUUGAAGGCGUGGGCGAAGAAGUAACCGAUUUCUUCAUAAUUGUUGGUGUUUUAUUAAUUGGUUGGCUCGCAUGGUGCUCGACAAAUAUCAGUGAUCAACCAUUAAUACGAACGGUACUUAUAUUACAACAUCGAACACGUACACGAAUCGCCGAAUUAUCAGCCAAUAAUAAUGUAAAUUCAUCGAGUCAAACGGCAAAUUUAGAUACAUCGGAAGAUGAAAAUAGAAUAAGUGAUUCAACAAAUGUCAACGAUCAAGAAACAUCUGUCGAAAAUGCGACGGAAGUGCCAUCGGAAACGAAUGCGAGUACAAAUUCAGCGGAAACAGCAACUUCGGAGGAAGUUUUAAUUGAAGCUAUGGAUUCGUUUAAUAAUGAUGAUGCAAGAUUAAUUCAAAGACAGGCGAAAUUAAGUAGUUCGGAUUCAACUGAUUCACAAACAACAGUGAAUGAAACAACACAGGAAUUAAUUGAUGAUGAAAAUAUUGCUGAGGAUUUGUCAACAUUAAGUGAAGAGACGAAAAUAAGUAUUAAAUUGAAAUUUAUUAAUGAUGAUCAAAAAUUGGUCACGGGAAAUCUAAAGGAAUUGCUUGGAGAUUUUAAAAGGCGACACUUUCAAGACGAAUUGGAAUCACAAAAACUCGUACGUCUCGUAUUCAAUGGACAAGUUCUUCAGCCCGACAGUAAAACAUUGGAGCGUUGUGGUCUCUUCAACAAUUGUGUCGUUCACUGUCUCGUUCAUCAGCCUCGACCAGCUUCAAUAACAUCAUCAUCAACAUUGGACAAUUCAUCAUCAAUUUACUUCAAUCCACAAACAUUUCAGGACAUUCCUGAUGCAACGGGUCUCAGUUCAUUGCAAGACGAAUGGGAUCUAAGUAGACUUUUAUGCAGCAUUUUAACACUCGUACUGGGUCUCGCUUGGUAUUCGCAUUUUCAUUAUUCCCAAUUAUUCACCGUAACAACCACACUCGCUCUAUAUGCACUAACUGCAGUUUUCACCGUUUCCAUAUUCGGUCACUUUUUCUCGAAUCAAGAAAAUGUCCGAGUCGUUGAAUAAAUUUUGUUCUAAUUUUUCUUUUUUUUUUUUUUAUUAUAAAAGCAAUAAAUUGUGAUUUUUGUCUACUUGUUUUUUUCUUGUCGAAAACAAGUGAAAGAGUGCAAAAUAUUUUUUCCGCUGGUAGUUUUUUUUUUCUUUUUUUUUUUAAGUGAAAAAAAAAUGUUUGCACGAAUAUUUUUGCUGUUGAUAUAAUAUACUGCGAAUUUGGUGUAAUUAGCGAUGAUCCUAGUCUUACUUUUUAUUGCUAGGAAUAUAAAAUAUAUCGUUGUUUGUAUACUAAAAGUCGAUAAUACAAUAAAUUUGUAAAAUUCGCGUCUUAUUGAAAUAAUGAAAAUUUGUAAUGUGCUUAAAAAUUAUGACUGCUUGUGAAAAAAGAUUUUAAAUUUUUUCAUCUCAUGUCAUAAUUUACAUUUUUAGAUAGUUUUUCCAUUUUUCGCAAAAUUAUAACCAACUCUAGUAUCGGUUAUAUUUUCAAGAUUUCUCAAAUAUUUAUACGAAGAAAAAAAUUUCUAAAAAUUGAAUAAUAAUAUUAAAAAAAAAACAGAUUUUCAGUAAAUUUAGGUAGGGUUAAAUUUUGUUUAUUUAUUUCCAUUACAAAGGAUUUGAUAAUAGAAGAAAAGGAAAAGAGGAGAGUGUAUAUUAAAAAAAAUAAUUUGUACAGUGUAUAUAACUAUUACUAUUAAAUUAAUUAUAUAUUCACAAUUACUGUAGUGAUUAACUAACAAAUUAUUUUUAAUUUUUAGUCAAAAAAAAAAAAUUGCGAUGGAAUUUUUUUCCCUAUAUGUAUACAUAUCUCUCAAUAAUUGCGUAGAAUAACAAUCUUUCAUUGUAUAUUAUCAUUUUAUCGCAAUUUUAAUUUUAUUCUUACUUCUCCAUAUUUUUUUAUUAUUAAUUUUUACUUUUCUUUCAUUCUUGUUUAUUUUUUCUCCAUUCCACUUAUUAUUUUAUAUCAAUAUUUUCGUUGUUUAUACUUUUUAAUCAUCAUUUUUCGUUGUUAAAUCUUUUUUUCGUUAUUUAAACAAUUAAAUACUUAUGUCUUAAAUGUGAAAUUAUAAAAGAAAGUUUAAUCGUCGAUGAUAAAAAAAGUGGUUGAUCAAUAAACUACAUUAUGUCAUUAUAA